UUCGCCCCAAAGGGGUGGGAGCAGAAGCGGCAAUGGGCGGGGACAGCCGAGCUGGGGGCACGGCCUGUAGCGGGUCCGGCCCGGCCCCCGCGUGACCUCCGCGUGUCCCCGUGGAUCUGCCGGCACGUCUCUGCCCUCGUGUGUCGGUGCCUGCUAUGCGUCUGUGUUCCCGUGCCCCUCUGUGUGAUCAUGUCUCUUAUUUUCCCCCAAGUGUCUCCCUUGGAUCAGUGUACCUCGUGUUCCUCAUGUCACCGUUCUCUACCAUAUAUAAGUGUCCCUCGUGUUCCUUCGUGUCUCACGCGUGUCACCCAUCUCCUCCAUGUGCCUGUCUCUCGUGUCCCCCCCCUUGCGUCCCUCCAUGUCCCCUUGUGCGCUUGUGUUUCUCAUAUCCCCCCCACCUGUGACGCCUCCAAGUCCCCCUGUGCCCCCAUGUGCACGUGUCCCCCCGUGUCCUACGUGUACCCGAGGUCUCACCUUCCCCCAUGUCCCUGUGUCCCCCUUGUGCCCGUGCCAUCCUGCAGUCCCCCGUCCCCAGGCCCCGCCCGGCCUCCCACGCCCCCCCCCGUCCCCUCCCCUCCCCGCGGUGCCCCCCUCCGGCCCCCGGCCCGCCCCGUCAACGCUGACUGAAGGCGGCACCUGCGGCAGUCACACGGCCGCGGGGCGAGCGGAGCGCGCCCACAGUAGGAGCAUGGAGUCCCCAGCAAGUGGUGGAGCCCCCGCCCCGAGUGACACAGCCCUGGGUGACGUCGCACAGACAUCAACAGGGCCCACAGAGGGGACGGUUGGGGGGGACAGCAGGGAAAGCAUGGCACAGGAGGGGCAGGGGGAGGCUAGCAGAGCUGAAGGAGGGGCUGGGGGGGAAGCUGCAGGGGAUGUGGGGAGUGAGGGCAAGGGGGAGGCAGCAGAGAAUGCUGGGAGUGAGGCUAAGGUAGAAGCAGCGAAGGAUUAUGGGAGUGAUGCUAAGGGGGAGGUAACAGGGAGUGCUGGGAGUGAGGCCAACAUAAUGGGAGAUGCUGGUAGUGAGGCUAAAGAGGAGGAUGCAAGGGAUGCUGGGAGUGAGGUUAAGGGGGGGGCUGCAAAGGAUGCUGGGAGUGAGGCUGAGGAGGCUGCAAAGGAUGCUGAGAGCAAAGCUAAGGAGGAGGCUGCAAAGGAUGCUGGGAGCAAGGAUAAGGAGGUUGCAAAGGAUGCUGGGAGUGAGGAUAAGGAGGUUGCAAAGGAUGCUGGGAGCGAGGCUAAGGGGGAGGCUGCAAAGGAUGCUGGGAGCGAAGCUAAGGGGGAGGCUGCAAAGGAUGCUGGGAGCGAGGCUAAGGGGGAGGCUGCAAAGGAUGCUGGGAGCGAGGUUAAGGGGGAGGCUGCAAAGGAUGCUGGGAAUGAAGCCAAGGCAGCAGGGGUUUCUGGGAGCGAGGCUGAGAUUGCAGAGGAUGCUGGCAAGGAGCCCGCAGCAGGGCAGGCUGCUGAGCAUGAGGCUGAAGGGCAGGCCAGAGGCAGCGCAGUGCCACAGGAGGAGGCCGAGCCCGGGCCCAGGCCGGAGGCAGCGGGCAGCACCCAAGGCCGGCAGGAGCCCACCUGGCUGCAGGAUGAGGAUGAUGAGCUGUGGCCUGAGUUCCCCCCCUGCUCGCCCACGGAGGGGGCCGCCAGCCCCACCACCCCACUCUCCCCUACCUCCCCUGUGUCUCCCACGUUCCCCGUAUCUCCCACAUCCCCUUCGCCUCCUGUGUCCCCCACAUCUCCCACAGGUGAUAUCCACAGUGGUGACCCUAUCCCUGCUCACAGCCACCACUCCUGUGUUCCCAGUGGUGUGUCUGCAGUGGGGCCACGAGGACGGGUGCCCCCCCGGGUGGCAUCUGUGGGGCGGCCACGAGUGAGCAGCCGGGCAUAUGGACGGAGUGCCAUCCUGGAGAAGUUUGGGGGGGCAGCCACAGGCCCAGCCCCACACCUGAAGCGUGUGGGGGCCACGGGCUCAGUGAAGGCCAUGCUGCUGGAGUGGUGCCGCGCCAGGACACGUGGCUACCAGCAUGUGGACAUCCAGAACUUCUCAGGGAGCUGGAGCAGCGGCCUGGCCUUCUGCGCCCUCAUCCACAGCUUCUUCCCCGAUGCCUUUGACUAUGGCAGCCUGGAGCCCCAGGACCGCCGGCGUAACUUCACCCUGGCCUUCAGCACCGCAGAGGAGCGUGUCGACUGUGCCCAGCUGCUGGAGGUGGAAGACAUGCUGCGGCUGACGGUGCCAGACGCCAAGUGCAUCUAUACCUACGUGCAGGAGCUGUACCGCAGCUUGGUGGCCAAGGGGCUAGUGAAGACCAAGAAGCGCUGAGGCCCUGCCAGCCCCAUUCCCCACUUUGUCCCCCAGCCCCUAGAAGUAAAGGUUUGCAGUGCCAUGCC